AUGCAUUCCGACAAUGGAACUAACUUUGUCGGUGCUGAACGAGAGUUACGAGAAGCAGUGGAGAAGAUGUAUGCGGAUGAAGCCCUUCCGAAGUUCCUGAAGGAAGUCAGCAUAAAAUGGACGUUUCAGCCAGCCCGGACCCCACAUUUUGGGGGAACGCACGAGUCACUGAUCCAAUCCACCAAGAAGGCCCUGUACAACGCCUUAAAGAAAGAAGGGAACAAAUUUCGAUACCCAACAGAAGAUCUAUUCCGCACGUUGCUGUAUGAGGUAGCCGGACUUAUAAAUACCCGGCCGUUGACUUACGCUAGCUCUGAUCCGGAGGAUUUUCGUCCGCUCACUCCGAACGAUUUCCUAAAUCGGCCGCCGACGUCAAAUACGCCAGCUGGAUCCUUCGACGAUGCUUCGCCUUGA